CUUCAGGAAAGGGGAGCAGGCCAGGAAGGCGUCACAUGAUGAGGGGCUGCCUAUGCCACUUUACUGUUAAGAGGUUAUACAUGCGACCCCUGCUUGCCCUCAUCAUAUAUAACCAAAGAAGACACGUGGAUAAAACAGGGUCACCUUGUCAUGGGAUGCUUGACAGAAAUGCUGUAGGAACAAGAGCUAUGUAUGCCCCACGAAUUUCAGAUGAGUUACGUCAAAAAGUGAUGUUUAUGCUUUAUGUUGGAAUAUCAUUGGAUGACAUAAUACAGCACCACACAGAGGUGAUGCAGAAGCAAGGUGGACCACAUAACCGUGAUGAUUUUCUCACUCGAAACGAUGUGCGCAACAUGGAAAGGAUUAUUCGUAAUUCUACUCAUGAACUGCAGGAAAAUGAUGAAUACAGUGUAAGGAUAUGGGUUCAACGCCAUCAGAAGCACGUUUUCUACUUCCAAGACAACUCUGUUUCAGAAUCCUUUGUCUUGGCAAUACAGACUGAUUGGCAGUUGCAGCAAAUGCUUCGUUAUGGACAUAAUAGUUUCAUCUCUUUUCAUUCAGCAUUUGGCUCAAAGAAACUUAAGUUUCCCCUUUGUUCUUUACUUGUUUUCAAUACAUCCCAAAAUGCAAUUCCAGUUGCUUGGAUUAUCACAUCAUCCUCAGUUAAUAAAGGCAUACAUAAGUGGAUUGGGUUGCUAUGUGAAAGAAUAAGAACCAGGGAUGCCAGAUGGAAGCCUAGUGCCGUGUUGUUGGAUAAUCCAUCCUUUGACUUUUCUAUCAUAAGAGAGGCUUUUCAAUGUCGCAUCCUAUUAUGCACCUGGCAUGUUCGCCGUGCUUGGAUUAAAAAGCUUCAAAAGAAAUGCAGCAACAUUGAGGUGCAACGUGAGAUGUUCAGGCAUAUGGGUGGGAUUUUGUACAGUGCAAGAUGUGGGCCUAGUGUUGUAGAAGCCAUUGAAGAGUUCAUGCAAAUAUUGUUGAUCAGUGUGGCUUCAUAGACUAUGUCAAGAGCCAUUGGCUAUCAAAUAUAGAUAUGUGGGUUAAUGGCAUAAAGUCACUCCCUGUAACAACUCCAGACUUGCAUGCUGCAAUAGAAUCCUAUCACCUAAUACUAAAGUCCAGGCUUCUGAAGGAGAAUUAUGCUAAUUUCUGGCCAAGAAUCGAUUGGCUAAUCCACACUUUAACUACUGAAUUUCACUCGUUAUACUGGCUAGACCAGUACAAUGUAGAAACAGGGUAUUUUGAGAAUCUAUGGGAAAAUUAUUUCUCCUCCAAUGCUUGGUAUCUUGCUCUCCACAUUCCAGAUGUUGAUGUACUACUGGAUGAUCAAAAUCUCCAUUUUGCAAAGAUCAUAUCACAGACAGACAGAAGCUUGGUGUAUACAGUUUGGAAUCCUGGUUCAGAAUUUUCACUUUGUGAUUGUUCCUGGUCUAAGCUGGGAAAUCUCUGUAAACAUGUCAUUAAGGUGGCAACUUUCUGUAGAACUCGGCAGGUAGCAAGGCCAUUAUUGUCUGCUCAAGUUUAUAAACAGGCUUUGCUUAAUCUUCUUCAUAACCCCCCGAUGAUCCUUUAGUUCUUGAUCAUGCCAUUCUACAUGUGGCUCGAUUGCAGCAAGACAUUAAAUCCUUGGAAGACUUGUCGAACAAUGGAUUGCUGCAGCCUUUACCAUCUGAUUUGAGUUCUCAAAUGGCAGAAAAUUCUCUGCUUUUUCAGCAUCUCCACUGACUAGUCCAUCAGAAACAGGGAAACAAGAAACUUUGUUUGGAGUAAAAUUGAUCGUCUUGUGCGUGCAGUAAUCCAGCAAGGGUUAGAAUUUGUUCCUAGAGCAAUUAACGUUGCAUGAGUUCAAAAGGAUAUACUUCUGCUUUUGAAAGUGGUGACUAUAUCAUUCAUUUCAUGAAAUCACACCAUUCUGCCUGCAUAAGUUAAUGCUGCACAGUACUGCCUACACUCUCGAAUAUUCCACCUAAUUAUUUUUUCGGUGGGUGAAUGUGUACUUUGCUCCACGGUCAUUAUGAUAGCAUGUCCAAGCUACUGUCUCACAAACUUUAUGGUAAGUGCAUCGCCUUUUUAGCCUUCUAGGGAUGUGGAGGAUCUCCAGGAUGUCAAAGAGAAAUGGAAAGGGCAGGAUAGAAGGAUCCUAGUAAAUAAAGUCACCUCGAAUUUAUUCUUUUCUGGUCCCAAGAUCCUUAAAAUUCAAGCGAAGCUGCGUUUGGUGUGCCAUG